AUGGAGGUAACGCAUCAGCAAUCGACAUCGUGCUUUAGCCCAUUUUCACCUUUUUUGCAGGAAAUCACAAACACAAAUGUCUUGGGCCACGAAAAUAAGGAGAAUAUCCCUCCUGCUCUUUUUGGAAAGAGCCAAAAUGAGGGCGGAAGUGGCUGCAAGAGCGGCUGGAAGAACGGCGGCAUCACACAACUUCUCAACAAUUCACUGAAUAGCUGCUGCUGCACACCCGUCACAAACCGCCAGCGUGCACAUCACACGGGGUUAACUCCUGGAAAUAAAUGUGCCGCGGGACCACGGGGUGUCAGCGCACUGUUUUCCACCAAUACGAAUAUCGCCGAUAUCUCCCUGAUAACGGAGAGCGAUGCGGGGGACCUGAAGGAAAGCAAUUUCUUCAUUACCCCAGUGAAGCGGUGGGACGGUGCUGGUGCUGGUGCCACCACGAAUGCCGCACAUACUGCCGCAACCCCUUGUUUUCGGCAGGGCAAGCUGUGUGAGCUCUUUCAUGAAUCCUUCUCUCUUCCGCUACCCGUCUCCACCCCGAAUGUCAGCGUUGAGUCAACUCUGUUGCCAAGAAGCGUCUUACUGGAGAGUGACGAUGAUGACAGCGUGAAAGAGGUGCAGACAAUUAAGAAGCCUUGCGUAUCUGAGGCACCCCGCAGCGUCGUACCGCGUCAGCUGGACUUGCGCCCAUCGCAGGAGGAUCCUUCACAGCAGCGGCCGGUGGAGGGGCAGAAAGCUUUCCCAGCUUCUGCGUUUAUGCACGGCAAUGCGCAUCCCGCACCCCAACAUCAUGCUGUGCAGCACAGUGGCCCGCCGCCGGCGUACCCUCGCCACGAAAGGCGUCAGAACGUGACACGAGUCAUGGGCAAGACAGCCUCUCUUAUUGCCGUGGGUGGGCGUCGAGUUCCCAUCGACAAGUUACACCUUCUUCUUCGUCCUGCAACAUCCGAGGGGAAGACUGGUGCCAAGGUGAAUGAUUCCACCACAGGUGGCAAGGGAAGCGUCUCUUCUUCUGCGUUUGACCCCAUCAGUCCGGCACCACUUGCGCCCUCCUUGCGACCAACGCCGACAGCUGUGAAGUCAGUGAAGGUGGUAGCGCCGCCCGCAGCUGCUCCGGCCCCACUCACCAGGAGGUCCUUGCCCGUUCAUCAACACUGUGACUACGUCAUCCUGGAGUUUGCGCGAGGAGUUGUUAUGCGCCUUCAGGUGGAUUCCCCUCAGCCUUUGCCCGUGAUAGGACGCCGCUAUCUUGCGGCGAUCAAAAGCAGUCGUAGUCCAUACGACAAUGUCGCCUACGAGGAUGCCGGUGUCUGUGUGUAUUUGCAGCGUCACCACGGUGAUGCCAACACGACCUCCGGACCGGUGCAGAGGUCGGCGCUCUACGACGGCACCAUCAUUCGUGAGGUGGGCGAGCAUAUCGCUGCAGAUGCCGCGCGAUUGCAGGAGCUGACAAAAGCGUGUAAUAACGCCAUUGUGGAAUGUCGCAAGCAGUUCCGCUUCCUCAACCUACCGUUUGAACUUGUGGACGUCUGCUACACGUUUGAUCGAAGCAUCUGUAUUGUUUACUAUAACAUCCAGCCGCAGGAGGGCACAAGCAGCCAACCGAACGUAUCCAGGCUGUUGCGUAUGCUGCAGUUUAAUUUGCGGACGAAAGUCUUCCUGAAGGGGAUUACCAGCGGCGAGUAG